GGGGCAUCUUCAGUUGUCCGCACGAGCAUCAGAAAUAUUUUUCACAACGAAUGCUCAAUAAAGUCUGAAAAUCUUUGCAUGGAGAUGCUGCAGUUCGGUAGUUCCGCGAGCGAGCCAUCUCUCUUUUGAGACAAAUUUUUUGAGCCAUCUCUUCUAUGGAUUGGGCCUACUUCUGUUGGUUAGUUCUCGGCGUUGGGCCUUUUCCGUGACAGCCGAACAAUUAGUCAGGCCUAGGCCCUUUGCUCACCCACGACUCGACCCCCAAACAGCAGACGGUGAGCAUUCCGGGGAUGGCUCUGUUCGCCCAGUGCUCCACACGGCAGAGUCGGCGGGAGCCCUUGGUGGAUCGAGCUCCUUCCCCGCAUCGCAGGUCAAUCGCAGCCUAUCCCUCGGUCACCACUCAAGAGGUCUUAUGGUCAUUGUCAGGAUGUUUCACUCAACAGUUUUUGUGGUUACCAUUUCAGCCGUGCCCCAACGGCAAGGGUACCCGUCGCGUUCUCCAGUCUCCACCAUGCCUAGUCUUGUCCUGUGUUGUACUAUGUUUUCGUUGCUUCUUAAUAUUAAAGCAGCGCUACCCAUUCUGUUUUUCGUAUCAGUGGAAGCUUGUUUUCCAGUCUGCUCAACUUCAAUAUGCUUCUUCACCUAUUACUUCUUGGCCUUAUUUCCACCCAACAUAUUCCUUCAUCCUCUGCUGCCAUUGACUCCAUUGCACCAGGCCAAGGACUUGUUUGCGGUGUCAGUGACAAGCUUGUCUCCCUAGAUGGCAAGUUUGCGCUUGGCUUCUUCCAACCAGGCAGUAAGUCCCGCAACACCUUGAAUUGGUACCUAGGCAUUUGGUUUAAUAAAGUACCCAAGAUAACUCCUGUGUGGGUCGCAAACCGUGAUGACCCAAUCACACAGCCCGCUUUAGUUAGGUUCACAAUUUCCCAAGAUGGCAAUCUUGUCAUCUUAGAUCAAGCCACCAAUUCCAUGAUCUGGUCUAGCGGAGUUAGUAUCAGAACCAACACCACCAUUGGCAUGCUCAUGAACAAUGGAAACCUUGUCCUACAAAAUGCCUCAAACUCAUCCGACAUUUUGUGGCAGAGUUUUGACCACCCAACAAAUACUUUCCUCCCUGGUGCAAAGAUCGGCCGAGACAAGGUCACUGGUUUGACUCGCCGUCUUGUUUCCAGAAAGAACUUGAUUGACCCAGCUCGUGGUCGUUACUGUUAUGAGUUAGUUCCUAACGAGUUGAUCCUUAAGCUUUUGAACUCAUCCAUAGCAUACUGGUCUAGCGGGGAAUGGAAUGGACAGUAUUUUAGCUCCAUUCCAGAGAUGUUAAGCCGCAGCUUGAUAGACUUCAAGUUUGUCAACAACACAAAUGAAGAGUACUUCACAUUCACCUUACUGAACGACACGAUGAUCAUGCAUCAUCUACUUGAUGUUUCUGGUCAAAUGAAGACUUUAAUCUGGGAUGAGGUCUCACAGGAUUGGUUAGGUUCCUACUCCAACCCCAAAGCUCAGUGUGAUGUCUAUGCUCUCUGUGGACCAUUCACUGUGUGCGAUGAUAACUCAGCUCCAUAUUGUAGCUGUAUGAAGGGCUUCUCCAUAAGAUCCCCAGAUGACUGGGAGCAAAAUGAUAGAAGUGGUGGAUGCGUGAGAAAUACUCCUUUAAAUUGUGGCAGUAACAGGAGUACUGGAGGAAUGACUGAUGAAUUCUACUCCUUGUCCAAUGUGAAAUUGCCUCAGAAUGCUGACAACAUAGGCGCUGCUAUCAGUGCUAGAGAAUGUGCAGAGGUUUGCCUGAGCAAUUGCUCAUGCACUGCAUAUUCUUGCACCGACAGUCGAUGCUCCAUUUGGCGUGAGGAACUCCUCAAUGUAAAACAGCAGCAUGCUGACACUACCGAGACAAAUGAUGGUGCCGUUCUUUAUCUUCGCCUUGCUGCAAAAGAGAUGCAAACUCAGAAACCUGACAGAAGAGUGACCACUCGGAUUUUGUCAGCUGCCAUUGUCACCGCACUGGGGUUGCUGGCACUCAUAUUGCUAGUUCUUCUACUGAUGAUUCAGAGAAACAAUAGGGAUUGGUCUGGUGGUACACUGAAAAAUCCUCAAGACGGUGGUGGAAUUAUUGCAUUUAGAUACAUUGAUUUGCAGAGGGCAACAAGAAAUUUCUCUGAGAAGCUAGGUGCCGGCGGCUUUGGUUCUGUGUUCAAGGCAUAUCUGACCGACUCAGCUACAAUGGCAGUGAAAAGGCUUGAUGGUGCUUGUCAAGGAGAAAAACAAUUCAGGGCUGAGGUGACUUCAGUCGGAGUUAUACAACAUAUCAAUUUAGUUAGACUGAUCGGUUUCUGUUGCGAGGGUGAACGGAGGUUACUUGCAUAUGAGCACAUGCCAAAUCGUUCUCUUGACAUCCAUCUAUUUCAGGACAACAACACAGUUUUAAACUGGGGAACCAGGUAUAAAAUAGCUCUGGGAGUUGCUAGAGGGCUGGCUUACCUGCAUGAGAGCUGCCAAGACUUGAUCAUACACUGUGAUAUCAAGCCACAAAAUAUACUUCUUGACACGUCGUUUGUUGCUAAAAUUGCUGACUUUGGUAUGGCCAAGUUAAUAGGGAGGGAUUUUAGCCGGGUUCUGACUACAACAAGAGGAACUGCAGGAUACCUUGCACCCGAAUGGAUAAGCGGGGUUGCUAUCACAGCAAAAGUCGAUGUUUAUGGCUAUGGGAUGGUGCUAAUGGAAAUAAUAUCAGGAAGACAGAAUUCAUUUGAACAAUACACUGUAGGUGGUGAUUGUGCUGUUUUCUUCCCUGUGCAUGCUGCGCAAAUGCUUCUCGAGGGAGAUGUGGCAAGCUUGGUGGAUGAAAAAUUAUCCGGUGAUGUAAAUCUAGAGGAGGCUGAACGACUAUGCAAGGUUGCUUGUUGGUGCAUUCAGGAUGAUGAGUUUGAUCGGCCAACGAUGGGUGAAGUUGUUCGUUUUCUAGAGGGCCUAUCUGAUCUUGACACGCCUCCUAUUCCAAGACUACUCCAGGCCAUUACAAGGAGGAGCUUGCACCCGCCAUCCACCUACCUCUGGAAUGAAUCAGAAUAAUGAAGAUGCAGCAUGGGGUACAUCAGAAACAAACAUCUAUAUGUGAAACAUAGUAAGAAAGUCUGAGGGAGCAAGAAGAAUGGCACCCCAUAGCUGUGUAAUUUAAGCUUUACACUGUACAGGUGUGUAAACUAUCAGUCUAGUCGUUCUAAUCUUCCAGGUAUGAAAAUAAAAUUCGUCAGAAGGUCAGUGUAAUCUCUUGCAGGAUUGAUUUUGUCAAUGCAAAGUAAUAUUUUAUUUUGGUUGAUUCCUUUGCUUUGCUUCGUGGUGUUGUUGUUCGCUUCUUCACUGGAAUAUACGUAUGUAUCAUUUCAUCAUUUGUUGCCUUACCCUGUGUAAUAUGAGAAUUUAGUGUGGGUGUUA